CUACUCCGUAUCCACAGUGAACACAGAAUAGAAAUCAACUCAACACGACGCCACUGGAACUGGGGAACCUCGUCUCCACUCGCUCUCGUCCCCGCCGGAGAUCCGUCAUGGCCGGCAAUCCUCCGUCAACUACCUCCAUUGCAUUUUCUCCCGAGAAAUUCAAUUUCUCGCCCGAUAAUCCCUCUCGAAUUCCCCUCACUUCGGAUCAGCUCAAUCACUGUACCCAGGCCCUCGCCUUGUUGAAGGAGAAGCUACGAAAUCCUCAGAGGAUCGUUCAGGAGUUCGAUCACUUGCAGGCGAAUAGGAUAACGCCCAGCGAAAUGAAGAGAAGAUGCACCGUAGCUCUUGAUGCUGUCAAUUUGAGCAAAAAUCGAUACACCGACGUUUUACCGUUUGACAAGAACAGGGUUGUUCUCAAAUCAAGCACAGAUUAUAGACCUGCAGCACUGGGGUAUAUUAAUGCAAGCUUUGUAUCGACCUCCUCCUCUGGAAAUGUAUCCCAAUUUAUAGCCACACAAGGCCCACUUCCCCAUACUUAUGAGGAUUUCUGGGAAAUGAUUAUCCAGUGUCACUGCCCUGCAAUUGUCAUGCUUACUAGGUUGGUUGAUAAUUACAAGAUGGUAAAGUGUGGAGAUUAUUAUCAAGCUGAGGAUGGACCUAGAGAAGUUGGUAAUAUUUCUAUUAUCAGUAAAUGGGUGAAAACUACUGCAACUUCACUGGUGCUGCGCCAUUUAGAGGUCAACCAUAGAGAGGUAGAAGAUGCACCAUUAUCUGUUUUGCAUAUUCAGUAUCCUGAAUGGCCCGACCAUGGAGUUCCUGGAGAUACCUUUGCUGUGCGUGAAAUUUUGAAAAGAUUAUACCAUUUGCCUUCAAACCUUGGCCCAAUAGUGGUGCACUGCAGUGCAGGUAUUGGUAGAACUGGAACAUACUGCACAAUUCACAACACGAUUCAGAGAAUACUUACUGGUGAUAUGUCUGCUGUAGAUAUCAGUAACACAGUAGCUGUGUUCAGGUCCCAACGUAUUGGAAUGGUUCAGACCCAGGCGCAAUACAUUUUCUGCUAUAACGCCAUCAUAGAUGAACUGGAAGACCUUCUAUCUCAGCAGCAGUAAGAGUAGAACGUGCUGGGCCAAAGGAUGUGAAGCAGCUUGCCUCAUUUUGAAGCUAACUUUCAAUUCUUCGAUCUUUAAUUUGGUUCCUGCAAUGCCCGUGUCUCCCGGCGGCUGGGUCUGAAACAUUAGCAUUAUGAAGAUUUUAUGAAUUUCAUCACCGAACUUAGUUAUUCUGAACCUUUCAUGUAUAAUUGCAGGCAGGGGAAAGCUAACAAAUAUCAGCGUCCUUUUCAUUAUAUUAUUAGAAUUCUAUUGGGGAACUGAAAGGCAUAAUGACUACAAUAAUCAAAAUCAAUUGUCCUCGUGUUACUAUUUUCCUUUUUCUUAACUUUCAUUCUUUUUGCUGUGAUGAAUAAUACGAUAGGAUUAAGU